UUUCAUCAGCAGCGAAACCCUACAAACACACAGCAAACACAGAAAUGAGACCGCGGGAUUCCCCUCUGACAGCGCGCAUCCUGCCUUCAUAAACAUCCACGUUUCACGGUGUCGAAACAGAGAACUGGGACUUGUUUGUGGUUUAUUCGUGGCUCCGGGUGAAAGCGCAAGAUCCUGUUUUUACUGCACCUGCUCUGGAUGCGUUUUUCUUUCCGCUCUGACUCUGAUCGGGCCUGACAUUAACAAGGAAACCAGCCCGGACUCCAGGGCCUACUGCUGUACACCAGCCUCUGUUUACGGGCUUUAAGGCAAACAUCGACUCCCGGAGGCUUUGUCGGAGUUUCGGUUUUUUUUUGCUGCGUCCCGAGGAUCGAUCCAGCCAGACUCGUCGGUGCCAUGAAGCCCACAUCAGCCUGGUCCUGAACGGCGCAAGGAAAAAGCAUAAGAAGAGCAACCAUUCUGGCCUGAACUCCACUACUCCAAGCCGACCGACAGACAGACAGUCACACCGGUAAGAGCGACAGACAGGCACAGCCAAGUCAUGGAGGCGAUAUGGCUCUAUCAGUUCCGGCUGAUCGUCAUCGGGGACUCCACGGUGGGCAAGUCGUGUCUGAUCCGGCGGUUCACAGAGGGCCGCUUCGCCCAGGUGUCGGACCCCACCGUCGGCGUGGACUUCUUCUCCAGGCUGGUGGAGAUCGAGCCGGGCAAGCGGAUCAAGCUGCAGAUCUGGGACACCGCGGGUCAGGAGCGCUUCAGGUCCAUCACCAGGGCUUACUACCGUAACUCUGUGGGCGGGCUCCUUCUGUUCGACAUCACCAACCGCCGGUCCUUCCAGAACGUCCAUGAUUGGCUGGAGGAGGCUCGCAGCCAUGUCCAGCCACACAGCAUCGUCUUCCUAUUGGUGGGGCACAAGUGUGACCUGGAGGCACAGCGCCAGGUGAGCCGUCAGGAAGCAGAGAAGCUGGCGGGGGCGUACGGGAUGCGCUACGUUGAGACGUCGGCCCGUGACGCCAUCAAUGUGGAGCAUGCCUUCACCGAGCUGACCAGAGACAUCUUCGCCUUGGUGCGGUCCGGCGAUAUCACAAUCCAGGAGGGCUGGGAGGGCGUGAAGAGCGGGUUUGUCCCCAAUGUGGUUCACUCCUCGGAGGAAGUGACCAAGAGUGACCGCCGCUGUCUAUGUUGAUCUGGGAAGAGUCUUGGGACUGAAGGUGAAAAGGGGAGGGAUCCAGGCAGGAUACAGAGGGGAGUGGCUGACGGACUGAGGUGUCAGCCCUCUGACUGAAACUGUUGGAAACCCUCUGUUGUUGUUUCUUCAGACUGGAUACAGAAGGGGAUGUUUGAGGAAUUUCAAUGAAAAGGCUGGUAGAAUGUGGAGAAGAACACCUUGAACGUGGGUGGAUAGCUGAAGGGUUGUGCCCAUUUCUGUUUACUUUUUAUUUCUCAGAGAGGAAGGAUCACAGAUGCUCAUUUACUUGCGAGGGCUCCCAUGAUUAAUUUCCUUUAGUUUUGGUUUGGGCUUCUUGCCUGAAAAUCCCUCCCUGAAAGGCCUUAGAAAGGGGAUCCAUUUUGGUUCUUCACCAAAAUACAAUGAAACUCUUGACUUGUUUAAUCUUUCUUUCUCCCAUUAUCUCUUCCUUCACCUCUCCUCCAACUACUUCUCAAUCUUCUCCUCUCCUCCAAUAUGCAAUUACAUGAUCACAUACGAAACGAUCACUUUUACGUUGGUGUCCAACAUCAUCCUAGCACAUAUCUUUCGAAAAAAGUUUAGUCAGCACUGUUAGAUUCAACCUCCCUGUUGAACAAGAGUUGUGUUUCUCUUGUGCUGACAUUUUGCUCCACAUUCCACUAUCACAGCUCAAUGGAGGAGUCCUGGAGGUCCUAAAUAUAAUGAGGGAAGACCGAUUUCUUUCCUGGAGCUGUGAUUUUGUUGCCAGAGACCACAUUAUUUCUCUUUGGAGCAAUUUAGGCCUCCAGUGAGCUCAAUGACAUUGACUAGAUGGUUAUAUCCACUAUCAUUCUGCUAAAUACCACACUAUAACAAACAAAACAUUGUCACCCAUGCAGUUCCUAAUGGACCCCUUAAGCAGGAAGAGACAAAGUGUACAGCUUAACUGACCGAGGUGGACUUGUUGGACUAGCUUAACAUUUCCUACCUGUCUGCCUUUAACUGGGGAUUUGUUAAGGUGGACCAAUAGGAAUGUUGGAGCCAGAAAGCACCUUAACAGCCAAGUCCACCUUAACUAUGGAGCCUCAUUUGGGACUUUGGAAGGGUGCUAAACAAGCCGGCGAUAAUUUAUUUCUUGAAAGCAAAGCAAACAGAGAGGGACCAGACCACGGACUUCACAAAAGAACCACAUUAUCCACAAUGCACGCAUAUGGACAAUAUAAUCAUGCAAAGAAAGUAGUCCAAUUGGCAGGCAUUAAAUCAAGCCAACACAGAUACAGGCACGGGGAAACUACAAGGUUAAAUUUUGUUCUGAGCAAGUGGUUUAUAUGCCUUUUUUAUAUGUGUACGCAAGUGUAAUAUCUCAUCAAACCUUUAUUUUCAUUUUAAUACACUCAAAUGCUACAGGUUGAUGUAACCACCAUAGUUACUUGGGAAAUCUGCAGUUCAAAGACGCAACUUACACUUUGAAACUUCAUGCCUUGAAGGUGGAUUAAGAUGCAUUCUAGGUAAGAAUGCAUCUGUCUUGGAGAGACAUACACUCAGUUGCCAUUGUAUUAAGUAACCCUUACUAAAACUAAUACAGUCAAAUACAAGGCAAUAAAUCCUACCUGCAUGAAGGUUAUAAUGUUCAGUUUUUGUUGAAAUUGUUUUAGAGAGGUGUUGAUUCAAUGAUCAUUUUGGAGGUUGUAGUUUGUGGUGCUGGUGAAUUGUAUUGUGUUACCCUUGUUGAUAUAAUUGUGUUGGACAAAAUAUUAUAACCCCCUCAGUAUGAUGCAACCUACUUUAACAGCAUGAUAAACUACAGCCUCCACAAUCACCAUGAAGUUGAAUCAACACCUCUCUAAAAUGGGUCCAAACAAAAACCGAACAUUAUAAUCUUGAAGGUAGGAUUUAUUAGAGGACAGCUGUAUUAGACUGCAUUCAUUUUAGCUAGCCGUACCUAAUAAACUGGCCACUGAGUGUAUGUAAUCUUCAUUCCUUCCUAGUGUAACUCUGUCAAUAAGCAGUCUGUGAAGGUAGUAGCUCACAGUGUCUGUCCCUGUGAUAAUGGCAGCUGAAAUUACACUGAAUUUAGCAGUCGUCCCCCACUGUCUCAUUAGCAACAGGCAGAAAGUGGCUCCAGUGAUUUCAACACACAUGAUCAUACAGAAGGUGUAACAUGCUGUUGUAACAUUUGUCUGAUCCCUGACACAUGAAAUGACGAGUGUAAAUGGGAUAAAAGAGUAGAUCCAAAGUGUAUCACGUUGGACAAUAAACCACUGCUAUGGUAAUGAGACAAGCGGCGAGGUCACAGCAGGUGUUUGCCAUCACCAAAACAAGACAUAACACCUGUUAUGACAUUACUGUUUAAGGUUUGCCUAACAUACUUAGGGUUUAAAUUGCCAUUUUCUGCCCUAUGUGUUUCUAUGUGAAUUAACCUUUUAAGUAGGCAUUUCUUUAACUGAUACAUUAAUGUUCGCUCAAGAUGUCAGGCCAGUUAAUGACAUUUCUCUAUAUGCCAAGGAAAAUCAGAGACAAUGAAUCGUACGGUUACAUUGGCUUGUAGACCAUGCAGACAUACAUGCAGCAGGGCAAAACAUAGAAAAUGCCAUUUACUGUAAAGGUGUUUUCAAGGAACAUCAAAAAUCAUGUGAGUUGGAGAGGAGAAAUGUCUGCUUGACUGAUAACACCAGUAAUCUACCGGUAGAUUCCCAUUCAAACUACAUAUUCUUAUGAGAUUAGCACUGGACCAAAAUAUAUUAAUUUGUUUUAUGUUUUUGUGAGUCACAUCAACCUAUAUAUUGCUGACAAGGAACAGAGAGACUUUUAGCAUUGUUAGCAAUUAAAUGUACACUACCAUAUCUACCUUAAGUACCAGGUGGUUUGGUGUAGAUCUAUAUUUCUAUACACCUUUUUUUUGCAGAAUUCUUGUUUAAGCUUUUUUUUCUUUUCAUAGAAAAGAAAUAUGAUUUGAUUAGCAUUUCAUUUUUCAACCCCCUUAAUCUGAUACACAUGCCUAUGUUGAUCCUUGCUAUAUUUCUUUUUUAAAUGAAUUCAUUUAAUGCCUUUCUCCCUGCAGUUAAUAAUUACAGACCUCUGUAGAUCUGAGGAAACUGUAUGUGCUUCAUUUUCUCACACUGUAUGCCUUCAUUUUACAUGUCUCCAAAGAGUUCUGCUUGUGUUAUCUUAUUUUUACAUGAAUGUAUCAGUAGGGGAAAAGGUGAGAUUUUACACCGAGUUGUCAUAUAAGAAAGGUGUGAAUGUGUUAAUGAGAAACACUUCCAGUCAAUGCGACACACCCUUCUCCUUACAAAAAGCUUUGACAAAGGUGAUCAUAAUGUUUUGAGACUUGAUUGAAAAUCAUUCAAAUGACAGUCAAUUUCCACGGCUAUACACAUUGCAUUAUUCCUUACUGACAUGAGUGAAAUGUUGCCAGACAGAAAAGAUCGAUCUGCAAAAACCCUUCCAGGAAUAAAAAAAAAAAGCCUGA